GAAUACCAGAUUCAUGCAAGGUAGCCAUCCCCGCGAAGCGGGUGGUGUAACGCGCUGCUAUUCAAAAUUCGAUUUCCCGUUGUGAUUCACAACCAGACCGAAUAGAGGGACAGAGGAAGAGAGUAAUAGAGGAAAAGAAGGAGAAACGUGGUAGUGGAGAGUGUUGGAUCGGUAGUCGAUCGCGGCUUCUCAAUCAUCCUUCAGUGCAGUAGAAUCGGGUGACAUUAACGCUCCGUUUCGGCUCUCUUUGUCCGCUUCUCGCCAACGAUCAACCACGGACAUUCGUAUCGCACAACCCGGACGCGUUCCCCGGGAGAACGUCCAUCCGCUUCUCGCUCGAGGCAAGAUGAUACCGGUGCUUGUUCUGAUCCUGGUAGGCCUAACGGCCGCAGGACCCUCUCACCGCAUAUCGACUCGUGAGCUGCUACCGCCACCGCUGCCUCCACCUUCGAAUAAAAGUCCGAACGAGACAAUCGAUUUGUCUUCGUUUCAAAGUGGACGCGUCGAGAAUCCGCCGACGAUAGACAAUUCUGUCGAGGGAUCCGUCCCUCAUCAACAGUACGAAGAAUACGGAUCGAGGAGAUACCCGCUCCGCGACGCGGUCGAGGCUCUGCCUUUUAACACAGUCGGUCCUCGGCCCGGUAGUCCACCCUUGGAGAAAAUUAAACAGUCCGACGGAAGGGUGCCGUUGAGAGACGCCGUGGAGCAUCGUGAGGCUCCUUUCGUCAGCAGCAGUCUUGAUCACGAAUCAAUUUGGAUUGCGCCUCUCGUACCACCAGCCCUGACAAGAACGCAGCAUAUCGUUGAGCCGAAAGUAGUCUGUCAUCUAGAUUCGAAAGCAGUUCAUAGAACGGAACCGUUCUCCCUAUUUCCGCAAUCGAUUCCAAUCCACAAAUGUUCUCAUUUGGUUUACGCCGCCGCCACCUUAGAUCCGGAGAAGCUGGAGAUCGUUUCAAUGGAUCACGAAUACAACGAGAUCAAAGGUGGAUACAGAGCAAUAACAGGACACCGAUUGAAGGAUCCGGCACUGCGGGUACUCGUUUCAAUCUCGUCGGCUAACAGAGGAAAAUUGUUCUCCCAGUUGGUAAAAGACCGUUGCACUUUGCACUGUGAGAAACUGGCCGAGUCUAUCUUGAGAUUUCUGGACGAUCGCGAUCUCGACGGAGUGGAGAUCGACUGGGAGAGCUCGUCGGAGAAUCCAAACGGUCUCGAAUUGCUUCUUAGGAUUGUUAAAAAGUCUCUGACAAGUCGCGGGUACAUUCUAGCGGUGGCGCAGAGGCCGGAGGAUCCGAUCAACUCAGAGAUCAGUUCCAUAGCCGAUCUGAUUAUUGUGAGAGCGUGGCGAGAAAGCCCGCCGUAUCGACGGGAGAAAUUGGCCCUACACCCAGCCCCCUUGAACUAUGUGGCCCGGUUGAUGAACAAGUGGAUCGAUCGGAUUCCGCGCGAUCACAGAUCCAAGAUCAUUUUAGGUCUGCCUGUGUUCGGACAAGGGUACACGCUCAAAUUUGGAAAUUUUACCGAUACUGGUGCGCCAAUUGUUGGUCCCGGGAAUCAAGAUGUUUACACAAAUCUAUCUAACGGCAAACUGGCUUAUUUCGAAGUCUGCGAGAAAUUGGAGAACGAUCAGUGGAUUUCUGGAAGGGACGAGGAAGGACCUUACAUAAAACGUGGAGAUCAAUGGAUCGGAUACGAUGAUUCUUUGGCGGUGAAGAUUAAAGUGGCUUACGCGAGAUCGGUCGGACUUGGUGGAAUUUCUGUAUGGUCUCUUGAUCUGGACGAUUUUCAGGGUAUCUGUGGGAAAUCUUGGCCUAUACUGAACACAGCAUCCGAGUCGAUAGGAUUUUACGACGAGACACAAGCAAGUACGAAAUGUUCUCGCGACGGCGCCGUCAGCGAUCCUGAAAAUUGCUCCGGAUUCUACACUUGUCAUGAUGGUGUUCUGUAUCACGGUAGCUGCGGAAUCGGAAGAUUUUUUGAUCCUAAGGGAGGUCGUUGUGUGAGAGCAACGUCGGAAAUUUGUACACCCGGCCAGCAUCAUCGUGAUCAGGAUCAGGACCUCGGAACGGAUUUAAGGGAAAUGCAGCCGCAGCACUUGGAGAUCUCAACGAUGAAGGGUCCGCGGGUAGUUUGCUACGUGACCUCUUGGUCCCUGUACCGUAAAGGGGAAGGAAAAUUCGUUCCUGAACGUUUGGAUCAGCGGCUCUGUACCGACGUGGUCUACGCUUUCGGUGGCCUAAAUCCGGAGACCUUGCUGCUGCAGCCGUUCGAUCCUUGGGCAGACAUAGAACACAACUUGUACGAGCGAAUAACCAAGAUAAAUGGAUCAAAAGUGUUGCUGGCUAUCGGAGGAUGGACGGACAGCGCCGGCGACAAAUAUUCUCGCAUGAUCAGCACCCAAGCCAGUCGUCGCAAGUUUGUCGUCGCAACCAUCGGCUUCCUGCAUAAGCACAACUUUAACGGACUCUUAUUUGAAUGGAACUAUCCUAAAUGCUGGCAAAGCGACUGUCGGAAGGGCCCCGACUCCGACAAACCAAACUUUACCAAGCUUCUGCAGGAAUUGAAGCACGAGUUCGAGCAACAGCAACCUAAACUCGUGUUGGCCGUGGCCUUGUCCGGGUACAAAGAGGUGAUCGACAGAUCUUACGAGGUACGAAAGAUAUCGGACACCGUAGACUUUAUGUCGGUCAUGAGCUACGACUAUCACGGGGCCUGGGAAUCAAGAACGGGACACUUGUCGCCUCUGUUCGGCGCUUCUACCGAUGUGAAUCCGUUCUACAAUGUCAAUACCACGAUGGAGUACCUGAUCAGUCUUGGCGCGGAGAAAUCCAAGUUAUUGAUGGGCGUACCGUUUUACGGUCAAACUUAUCGACUUUCCAGCGAACGUUUGUCCGGGUUGGGCGAGCCUGCUACCGGACCUGGAGCAUCCGGAGAAUUCACCAGGCAGCCCGGCAUAUUAGCUUAUUACGAAAUUUGCUACAGAUUGAAGCACAAGGGAUGGAAACAUGGGCCAGGCCCAAGUGCUUAUUACAAGGACCAAUGGGUCGGCUACGAAGACCAAGAAAGCGUGUUCGCGAAGGGACAGUACAUUUUGAAAAACGGCUAUGGAGGCGCUAGUCUGUGGACCGUUGAUCUGGACGACUUUUUGAAUCGUUGCUGCGCAGAGCCGUUUCAUCUUUUGAGGACAAUCAAUCGGGCACUGGGUCGUCUGAAAACCGAAACCAUAGAAGACUGUCGCCGACCAACCGAGCCGGUCACGCCUCAACCACCGACCCUGACUACUCAUAGCGAUGCCGUGGAGGACACUCCUCGACCCACGACGCCGAUGAUCAAGCCGACGACUAAACCGAUCACUGUGUCGACCACCUGGCCGUCUUGGUCGCCAGGGUCCAGUUCUACGACCCAGAGCACAACCUGGCCAAGUUGGACUCCAAACACGAGCAAAUCGCCCCAAUCCACCACCCAAAGCAGCACAUCAUGGACUUGGACCUCGAUCAAACCGCCAAGCGAGCAGACGACACCAGAGAUUACAGAGACUACGAGGAAACCGGGGGAACCAUCCACGCCUGGGGCGUCCUGCAAUACUGGAGAGUACACGGCAGACCCAGCCAAUUGUGGCAAUUACUUUAGAUGCGUCCUCGGCGAACUGAGACGCGAACAAUGCGCGCCCGGAUUGCAUUGGGACACCAGCCGAGGAAUCUGCGACUGGCCGGCUAUUGCGAAAUGUCAGUCGACACCUGAUUCCUCGACUCAGCAACCGUCUUGGGCUACUAGUGCUACCACUACCACUACUGCCAGCACUACCAUGACGUACAGCACACAGAGACCAACGACUUGGUCAACUUCGAGGGCCACCACUCAUCGGACGUCGACAUGGAAACCAACCACUUCUGAAAUUCCCAACGGGAUCUCUGAAAAGGCCUGCGAGCAUGGCCAGUAUUACCCUUAUCCGAACUCCUGCACGAAUUUCUUGGUCUGCGUGAACGGGAAUCUUAUUUCGCAACAAUGUGGCCCAGGCCUUAACUGGAACAACAAGAGAAGCAUGUGUGACUGGGCCUUCAAAAACCCUUGCAUCGAAAAACCUGCAAAAAACGCCGCACUGGUCUCUGCCAACGCCAAAUCCAGCCCAUGCGUUCCAGGUAGUUACACCAGCGUUCCUGGAGACUGCGAGAGCUAUCGAGCCUGCUUGUGGGGACGCCAUGAGAUCUUCCAUUGUGCUCCAGGAUUGCAUUUUAACAAGAAUACUCGAAUAUGCGAUUGGCCGUCUCGAGCUAAUUGCCAGGAUGACGAAUCGGGGGAGGAUCAGGAUUCUGCGGCGUCGAGCGUUGGAUCGGUCGACGAACCGGUCAACGAGUCUACCUCCACAAGCACAACUAGUCCGACUAGUACAACCACUCUGUCCUCUGCGACCGUAGAUCCUGAAAAAGUCUCUCCGCUUUCAGGCUAUUAUAAGAUUGUCUGCUACUUCACCAACUGGGCCUGGUAUAGAAGAGGCAUCGGCCGUUACAUUCCCGAAAAUAUCGAUCACACUCUGUGCACGCACAUUGUCUACGGAUUUGCCGUGCUCGACUAUUCGGAGCUGACAAUCAAAGCCCAUGAUUCGUGGGCCGACUAUGACAACCAUUUUUACGAGCGGGUAGUCGCUUACAAGAAACGGGGUCUGAAGGUGUUACUGGCGCUUGGCGGGUGGAACGACUCGGCCGGAGACAAAUACAGUCGAUUGGUGAACAACCCGACCGCCAGAAGGAAAUUUAUCGAACACGCUGUUCAGUUUCUCGAAAAGUAUCACUUUGAUGGGCUAGAUUUGGACUGGGAGUACCCUGUCUGCUGGCAAGUUGAUUGUAAGAAGGGUCCAACCUCCGACAAGCAAGGAUUCGCAGAUCUGCUGAAAGAGCUGAGUAGCGAACUAAAACCGAAGGGCUUGCUGCUCUCGGCUGCCGUUUCGCCGAGCAAGAAAGUGAUCGACGAGGGCUACGACGUGCCAGCCCUGGCUAAAUACUUAGACUGGAUUGCGGUGAUGACUUACGAUUUCCACGGUCAAUGGGAUAAGAAAACCGGUCACGUUGCGCCGCUCUAUUAUCACCCGGAAGACGAUUACUAUUACUUCAAUGCAAACUACUCGAUCAACUAUUGGAUUUUGAAGGGCGCGCCGCGUCGCAGUAUCGUCAUGGGAAUGCCACUGUACGGGCAGACGUUCUCGAUGAACGAUCCGUCCGUUGAAACGGGAUUGAAUGUCCCCGGCAGCGCGGGCCAAGCUGGAGAGUUUACCAAAGCGGCCGGAUUUCUAGCGUACUAUGAGAUAUGCGACAGAGUACGAAACCGUGGUUGGACCGUUGUACAGGACCCCGAGCACAGAAUGGGUCCAUACGCCUACAGGGGCAAUCAAUGGGUUGGGUACGACGAUGCCGAAAUGAUUGCACGAAAGGCUCAGUUUGUCAGGGAUACGGGACUGGGCGGUGGAAUGGUCUGGGCUCUGGACCUGGACGAUUUCCGAGGUCGUUGCGGAGAAGGGCCUCAUCCGCUGAUGCACGCUCUUCAGAAGGUGUUGGCUGUCUCUGCCGAGAAUGAGGACCAACCCGAGAAACCUCCGAUAAACGAGGAGGAUUUGGACCCUCGACCAACAUCCAUGUCAUCGAGCACCGUUCCAGAGAUCACGGUGCCGUCGACGACGUCCAGGGAACAUCUGGCGAACGACGAGUUUAAAGUGAUUUGCUACUUUACGAACUGGGCCUGGUAUCGUCAAGAGGGCGGUAAAUUCUUGCCAGAGGACGUGGACAGCGAUCUGUGCACCCACGUUCUUUACGGUUUUGCUGUGCUCGACGGGUCGCAAUUAACGAUCAAGUCGCACGAUUCGUGGGCUGACGUAGAUAACAAAUUUUAUGAGAGGAUAGCUGCAUUGAAGUCUAAAGGAAUCAAAGUACUGAUGGCUAUCGGCGGAUGGAACGAUUCAGCUGGCGACAAGUAUAGUCGCCUGGCUAAUUCGCCGUCUGCCAGGCGACGAUUCAUAGAGAACGUUAUAGCGUUUAUCGAAAAGUACGAAUUCGAGGGAUUGGACUUGGACUGGGAAUACCCAGUGUGCUGGCAGGUAGAUUGCAGAAAGGGUCCAGCUUCGGACAAGGAAGCUUUCGCGAGCUUGGUCAGAGAGCUCAGCGAGGCAUUCCAGCCGAAAGGAUUGCUGUUAUCAGCAGCGGUUUCGCCAAGCAAACGCGUCAUCGACGAAGGCUACGACGUGCCCAUUUUGGCUAAAUAUUUAGACUGGAUAUCCGUGAUGACCUACGACUAUCACGGCCAAUGGGAUAAGAAAACCGGCCACGUAGCUCCACUCUAUCAACUGGGCAACGACUGGGAGCCGACCUUUAAUGCGAAUUUCUCCAUACACUACUGGAUGGAAAAAGGCGCACCGGCGAACAAGCUCGUGAUGGGCGCCCCUUUGUACGGUCAAUCUUUCUCCCUGGCCGAAAGGAGUCAAAGAGGGCUAAAUGCGCCAACGUAUGGCGGAGGCGAGGCUGGCGAAGCGACAAGAGCCAGAGGAUUUUUGUCUUAUUACGAAAUUUGUGAGAGAAUUCUGAAGAGAGGCUGGGCCGUGGUAGAGGACAAGGAGCGACGUAUCGGCCCGUACGCGUACAAAGGUGACCAAUGGGUCAGCUUUGACGACGCCAAGCAGAUCAAGCUGAAAUCGGAAUUGAUACGAGAUCUUGGUCUGGCUGGCGGCAUGAUAUGGGCGCUCGAUCUCGACGACUUCAAGAAUAGAUGCGGCUGCGAGCCGAGUCCCCUUCUACGGACCAUGAAUCGAGUCCUGAGGAACUACCCGAGUGGUCCAUUAUGUUCGAUCACGACUGAUUCAAUGGUGAUCGACGCGGGUGAAUCUAGCACGGAGACAACAACUGCCGAACAGUCAAGCUGGGGAUGGGAACCAACAACGCCAUCCCGACCAGCUCACCUGCCCUCCACUUCCUCAACCACCGUCUCCGUUAUUGCCGACGUCGACGAUGUCGUGGAGAUCGAGCUGGACGAGCGACCAGCCAUCUCUCCGCCCGACGAUUGUCACGGCAGAUUGUUUAUCCCACACAACAAAGACUGCACCAAGUACUAUUUAUGCAAUUUUGGUAGUGUGACCGAGCACUCGUGCCCCCCAGGACUCUACUGGAAUGAGGACCGCUGCGACUGGCCAGAAAAUACCAAGUGCACAAAAACUCAGCGGCAGGCGAACGAGUUUCUUCAGAUGAUCGAUACCCAGAAAACUGAGAAAACUGGGCAUACUGAGAAAAUUAAGAAAAUUAAGAGAACUGAGAAAAUUGAAUAAUGAUAUGAUAACAAACGAUAAUCCACGUUCAUUAGUGUUGGUAUUGUGCCAGGCGAAGCUAGUGAACCAAUUGAAUUUGGCGGGAGCGAUGAUGUGGUCGUUGGACACGGAUGAUUUCAGCAAUGGUGCGGCUGCGGCAGGUAUCCGUUGUUGACGGCACUCAGCCUCGAGAUUAGAGGAAAACGACAUUCCACGAUGAACUGUACCCGAUGAAGAUUACAGAAGUAACUCACAGCUCAUUUGAAGACACGCGAAUGUUUCACGGACAGCUGAAUUCUCAUUGAAAUUGACGAAACAAAGUCUUCCCUCACUAUCUACGGUCGCGACGGUCCCGAAGGUCGCGCGAGACCGUGAACCCCUUGUUGAACGAGUAAUUGGUUUCUUUGAGAUUGCAUUGAUGGCUUUAAUUUCCUACAUUUUUUUCCAAAUAAAUAACUUGGCUAAUCUUCCGAAAAACGUUGCGAGAAAUGAGCGAUGAUAAAACGGGUCUUUGUACUCCGAGCGGGUUCUUCGGCACUCUAUGUACCUAAAUUCCAUUGAUUGCGUAACCACAGUCAACGGAUUGUGUAUCGUCUUUAAUUACGAGUCCGAGAUAAACUCGAAUACUUUUUUAACGAAAAAUCGUUCGAACAAAAGAAUCAAAUGUUUGAGAAAACUGUGAUAAAUCUCGGCUUACAAAAUCAGUGUUCUGAAUGGUGCUGUGUAAGCGCGAAAAGCGCGAAGAUCCAGGAUCUUGGGAUGGUGAACGAGAUUGUGAUCAAGAUCGGGAUCGGGCUCAGGAUCGAAACGCCCGCGCUCGACCUAGCAGACGAAUCAAUUUACUUUUGUUCUUCGAUCUUCGAAAUAAAAUGAUGUUCUUGUGCGUGGUUUACGUAACGAAUCGCUGCUGUAGAAUUGUGAGACCAAAUAUUAUGCAUUGCUCAGAUCGAAAGCGUCGCAAUUGUAACUUUAGAAUAAAACAGCGGAAAGCAGAUAGUGCAUAGAA